CCCAAUUUGAUUUGAAUUUUUCGAUCCGCCCAAACCCCUUUCAAACGGCUACAGCUUUCUGUCUCUCUCUCCGUCUCUCUCUUUACAGUGUCUGUACUGUGUGUGUCUCUCAUAAUUUCUCGCUACUUUGUCUGUCGGAACCCUAAAUCUCCUUCACUAUCUCGAUCGCUACUCUGAACAAGGAUUUUGCAAAGAUGAAGCGUUUUAUUCAACCAAGAAGCCCCAUCUUGAGAGAGAAUUCUGUGGAUACACCUCCAUCAAACCCUACUUCGACAAAGCAGAGUAAAUCUUCUAGUCGAAAACAUAAAUCCCCCAAAGAAAAUGCUCCACCUUCUGACCCCAACGCCAUUCCAGAUUCGUAUCCUUCUCCAUCGUUUACUGGUAAACCAUCUCCCGGUGCUUCCAGUAAAUUGAAAUCUCCACUGCCACCCAGACCUCCUCCGUCUAAUUCUCACAAGCGGAAGCUUAGUAAUGAUUUUCUUCUUGAAAAUGGUGUUGCUGGAUCUUCGGAUACUGGGGUCAAGGUUAUUGUGCGAAUGAGGCCACCAAAUACGAAUGAAGAAGAGGGGGAAGUUAUAGUACAGAAGACAUCUGGUGAUUCUUUGUCAAUUCUUGGGCAGACAUUUACUUUUGAUUCUGUAGCCGAUGCAUCCUCAACUCAGGCACAUAUAUUCCAGUUCGUAGGAGCUCCCCUUGUUGAAAAUUGUAUUGCUGGAUUUAAUAGUUCUGUGUUUGCAUAUGGGCAGACUGGGAGUGGAAAGACCUACACAAUAUGGGGUCCAUCCAAUGCAUUGUUGGAAGAGGAGUUAUCUAGUGAUCAACAAGGAUUGACACCUCGUGUGUUUGAAAGACUAUUUUUUCGCAUGAAUGAGGAACAAAAUAAACAUGCUGACAAGCAACUCAUGUAUCAAUGCCGCUGUUCUUUUCUUGAGAUCUAUAAUGAACAAAUUACUGAUUUGUUGGAUCCAGUUCAAAGAAACCUUCAAAUAAGAGAAGAUACUAAAACAGGUGUAUAUGUUGAAAAUUUAACAGAGGAGUCCGUUUGCAGUCUAAAAGAUGUGACAAAACUUCUGAAAAAGGGGUUGUCAAAUAGAAGGACAGGAGCUACAAGUAUAAAUAUGGAGAGUUCACGCUCUCACAGUGUGUUCACUUGUGUUGUUGAAUCACGAUGCAAGAGCAAAGAUGGCUUGAGUUCCCUCAAAACAAGUCGAAUAAAUCUUGUUGACCUUGCUGGAUCCGAGAGACAAAAGUCAACAGGUGCAGCUGGAGAACGCUUAAAAGAAGCUGGGAAUAUUAAUCGUUCACUUUCACAACUCGGAAACUUGAUUAACAUUCUAGCAGAGGUUUCCCAAACAGGAAAGCAAAGGCACAUUCCAUAUAGAGAUUCCAAGCUGACAUUUUUGUUGCAGGAAUCUCUUGGUGGAAAUGCAAAACUUGCCAUGGUCUGUGCCAUUUCACCUUCAGAAAGCUGUAAGAGUGAGACUUUUAGUACAUUGAGAUUUGCAAAACGUGCAAAAGCUAUCAAGAACAAGGCAGUUGUUAAUGAACAAAUGCAGGAGGAUGUGAACACACUACGUGAAGUGAUUCGACAACUAAAGGAUGAACUAAUACGCAUGAAGGAAAACAACAAUUCACCUGAUCCAAAUACAGGUUGGAAUGCACGUAGAAGUUUGAAUCUUCUGAAAUACAGCUUAAAUCGUCCUAUGAUGAUGCUACCUCAUAUGGAAGAUGACGAGGAUGAAGAAAUGGAAAUUGUUGAGGAAGCUGAACAAGUUCUUUUGGAAGCCACUGAAGCAUGCAAAAAUAUGGAAACAGGUCUUACAGAAGAGACUUCUGAACAAGUUGACAAGUCUGAAUUAGUUACAACUGCUGAUGAUAAUGAAGAAAAUGACACAUUUACCACUCCUACCCUUACAAUACUACCAUCUGAAGUAUCCCCAAUCCUCAAGUGUCCAACUCCAAGUGUUUCACCAACAGUUACUAGUAGCAGCAGGAAAAGUUUAAGGACUUCUUCAACAUUUACUGCUUCCCAAAAUGCCCUUGCAAACAAUAUUUCUGAAUCUAUCAUGCUUUCACAUAAACAGAGUAGUGCUUUUGGACAAACGGAUCGUUUGGCUGCUAGUCUGCAUCAUGGGCUUGAAGUUUUAGAUAAAAAUAGAAAAAGUUUUGCUUUAGGGCGUUCAUCAUUCAGGUUUCCAUGUAAACCAGUUCAAAAAGAUGUUGGUGUUCAAACUUUUUCUCUAGAGAAUGUGUUAUCUGACGAGAUAGAGAAAUCCAUGGAGUAUUUGUGCAACAAUUGCAAGAGUAAAACAUCUGAAUUAGUAGAAGAUAAAGAUACACAUGAACAUGAUACUUCAAAUCUGCAGUUGGUUCCUUUUGAUGCGCCACAAUUGGUUGAAAAAUCCAAGCAGCUAGUUCCAAAAGUAGUGGAAAAAGUCUUGGCUGGAGCUAUAAGGAGAGAAAUGGUGUUAGAAGAAUUCUGCACUAGACAACACAAUGAAAUUAUGCAACUUAAUCGUCUGGUGGAACAGUAUAAACAUGAACGUGAGUGCAAUUCGAUUAUUGGGCAACUGCAAGAAGACAAAAUCGCCCGUCUUGAGAACUUAAUGGAUGGUGUUUUGUCUGCUGAGGAGUUUGUAAAUGAAGAAUUGACAUCUUUAGCAAAUGAACAUCAAACUCUGAAGGAAAAAUACGAGAAUCAUCCGGAAACUCUAAGGAAAGAAAUUGAGUUGAAAAGAAUACAAGAUGAAUUGGAACGUUACAGGAGCUUCUUUGAUAUGGGAGAGAGGGAUGUUUUAAUGGAAGAGAUUCAAGAUUUAAGGAGUCAACUUCAAUCUUAUGUAGAUUCUUCACCAAAAUUCUCUAAAACACAAACUCCUGUUUUACAAAUAACAUAUCCAUCUGAAACCAAUGAAUCCCCUUCUUUAUCCACAAUCCCAGAGUCAACCGAUGAACAGAGAUUUGAAUCAGAGAGAAUCCGAUUCAAUGAAGAAGAGAACAAAUGGAUUUCUCUUACACAAGAGUUGAAAAGUCAACUAGAAGCCAACCGAUUGCUUGCUGAAAAGCAAAAACAAGAACUUGAAACAGAGAGAAAAUGUUCACAAGAGCUUAAAGAAGCAAUGCAAAUGGCAAUGGAGGGUCAUGCAAGAAUGCUUGAACAGUAUGCUGAUUUAGAGGAGAGACAUAUGAACAUGCUAAUAAGGCAACGAAGAAUUCAAGAUGGAAUUGAAGAUGUGAAGAAAGCAGCUACAAAAGCUGGAGUAAGGGGUAAUGAAUCAAAAUUUAUAAAUGCCCUUGCUGCUGAAAUUUCAACCAUAAAGGUGGAAAGAGAAAGGGAGAGAGGGCGUUUUAGGGAUGAAAUUAAAGGGCUUCAAGAACAAUUGAGAGAUACUGCUGAUGCUGUACAAGCUGCUGGUGAAUUACUUGUGAGACUCAAAGAAGCAGAAGAAGCUGUUGCUUUUUCAGAGGCACGUGCUAGAGAUGCAGAAGAAGAAACACAGAAUGCCUACAAACACAUUGAAAAACUCAAGAAAAAACACAAGAAUGAUACACCAAUAUACAAUCUACAGGAGUCAAACAUCAAAGUUGACCAACAACAACAACAAAAACAAAAACCCAGAGAUGAGUUUGACCAAUUCUAUAAUGUGGAAAAAGAAGAGUUGACCACAUUACCAGAGUUCUCUGGAUACGAUAGAUGCAACAUAUAAGUACAAAAAUUUGUUAUCAACAUUUAUUUUGUACAAUACAUAAAUUCUUUUUUCAAGCAUAAUAUUCCGUUUGAAAUAUUUAACCACAAUAAUGUCUACUCUUUUUUCAAGCCUC